AUGUCUGAGCUCAAGAACUUCAGCAAUGCAUUUUCUCUCGAGGGCCGAACGGCUGUCGUCACCGGCGGCUCCCGCGGCCUUGGCCUGCACAUGGCCACCGCCUUCCUUCUUGCUGGCUGCUCCCACGUCAUCAUCACCGCCCGCAAGCUCGAAGGGGAGCAGGGCAUCACGCAAGCAGUCGAGAAGCUGAACAAGCUGCCCCAAAUCCGCGGAAAGGCCAUUGGCCUUGCGGCGAACGUGGCCGACACCAAGGAUAUCGAGCGCCUUGUGGGCGAGGUCAAGAGCAUUAUUGGGAGCAAAGGCCUGAACAUCCUGGUGUGCAAUGCUGGUGCCGCCUGGGGUUCGAGGUUCGAGGAUGCGCCGCCGAGCAGCUCCGUCAAGAUCUUGGAUCUCAAUGUGAGAGGCGUCUUUGAGCUAGCGCAAAAAUUCCUCCCCUUGCUGCAGCAGGCUGCUUCGCGGGAGGACCCGGCGCGCGUACUCACCAUAAGCUCAACAGCUGGGAGCAACGUGCCACAUGUCGGCGAGCAUGGUACAAUCAUGUAUUCCGUCUCAAAGGCAGCAGCCAACCACUUGGGUCGCAACUUGGCCGUCGAGCUGGGACGACGCAACAUCACCUCAAAUAUCAUUGCGCCCGGCUUCUUCCCGUCAAAGCUGGCGUCAGGUCUCAUUAGCAAUUUGGGCGGCAUCGACGAAUUAAGCAAGGAUAAUCCAUUGGGAAGACUGGGCGAGGCCGACGACAUAGCCGGUGUUGCUGUGUUUCUCUGCUCUCCGGCUGGCAAAUAUGUAAACGGCGUCGAGGUGGCGGUGGAUGGCGGUGCCAGAUUGUCGGCAGGGAGGAUGUCCCGUCUUUGA